UCCCACGUCACACGGCAACCUCGAGGUGUCUCCAAAAAUUUUCGGUCGGAGAGGGAGUGAGUGAGAGAUGGGGAGUUCGGAAUCGGAGGCGGUCGCUCCCUUGGCUUCGAAGACGGCAACCCUAAACCACAUCAGUCUCGCCGAUCCGGACAUCGAGAAAUCCGUUUCUCUUCUCAAACAGGCAUGCGUAGAUAGUGGAUUUUUUUAUGUGAUCGACCAUGGAAUUAGCCUGGAGUUUAUGGAUGAAGUAUUUGCCCAAAGUAAGAAAUUUUUUGAUCUACCCAUAGAUGAGAAAAUGAAGCUUCUUCGUAAUGAGAAACAUCGAGGUUAUACACCCAUUCUUGAUGAGACUCUGGAUCCAGAUAAUCAAGUCAAAGGAGACCAUAAGGAAGGGUACUAUAUUGGUGUUGAAGUACCUGAAGAUGAUCCACAAGCAGAAAAACCAUUUUAUGGACCAAAUUUGUGGCCUUCUGCUGAUCUGUUACCUGGAUGGAGGGAGACAAUGGAGCAGUAUCAGAGGGAAGCACUGAGGGUGACCAAAGCAGUGGCUAAGAUCAUAGCUCUUGCGCUUGAUCUAGAUGCUGAUUUCUUUGAUAAGCGAGAAAUGCUCGGAGAGCCCAUUGCAGUUUUGAGGCUUAUAUAUUAUGAAGGUAAUAUUUCAAAUCCGGCAAAGGGAAUAUAUGGAGCUGGAGCACAUUCUGACUAUGGCCUGCUUACACUCCUGGCAACAGAUGAUGUAGUAGGCCUGCAAGUAUGCAAGGACAAAGAUGCUCAACCUCAAAUAUGGGAAUUUGUAGCACCAUUAAGAGGAGCAUUAAUAGUCAAUCUUGGUGACAUGCUUGAGCGUUGGAGUAAUUGCAUUUUCAGGUUCUUCUACUUGUGGGUCACUCUGCCGGCCAAUUGGCCUUCAAGGUUUCAUUGCAGGCCCCUCUCUUGUCCAAAACUGCAAACUCUGCUUUGGAGUUGAUGCGAGGUUGAGGACAUAUCAUAAUAUGUUUACAAACAUUGGUGGUUUAGGCUUUGAUCUAGAACCAGCCUCAUUUAGAUGAAACAUAAGGUUUGUUGAUUGGUUGGUGCAUGUAUGUAAAUAUUGGCACUCCACAACAGUGCAAUUUUCGUUGUUUGUUUCCCAAUUCAAUCAGCAAUGACCAAUGAGGCCCUGCAGAAUAUUUGAGACAGCAGGUAACUGAAACAAGAGUGUGAGCCUUGGCACAACGGUAGAGUUGCUCCAUUGUAACCUGAAGGCCAUAGGUUUGAAACAUGGAAAUAGCCUCUCCGCACACAGGAUUAAGGCUGUGAGUAUAUCUGACCCUCCCUCGACCUUGUAAUGGUGGGAGCCUCGUGCACUAUGUUGCCUUUUUUUUUAGGUAACCGAAACAAGAGUUUUAUUUUCAUAUUAGGGACUUGGCUAUUAUCAGUUAUUGCCAAUCUACUGGUCUUGUCCUAACAUUUGCAAGUUAAAGUUAUUCUCCGGCAUUUCUUACACUUGCAUGAACACAAUGAAACACUUGGAUGUUAGGUAUGCUUAUGUGCUUAAUGCCUUCAGUUGUUUGAACUAGUAUAUGAUGAUAAUCUUUUUCCAGUUUAUCCACUCAGUCCUUCACAACUUAAGAGUUAUGUUCGAUAACCAAUGACAUUGUGAUGGAAAGAGGCCUUGAUGAUGUUGAAAAUAAACUGGUGCUUGAUGACUAAUUCUCUGUGAAUUAUUUGACAUCUCACAUAUUUCACAGAUAAGUUCAUAAUAAUUCAAAACUCUCUUUGAAAAGAAAUGGAGAGCCACAACUACAGUCACAUGCAGUAUAUGUUUCCUUGCGCUUUACCAAAUACCAAUGGUAGUCCCCCUAAU